AUGGGACUCCAGCGGGAGAUGGAGCAGGCGACCGAGCAGUCAAUGGCUGUGUCGAUAGCAAGGCCGAAGCGCAUGCAACCCAAGCUGCCGAGGGGCAAGCGGGGAAGACAAAGCGAGAGCGACACCCGCGUUGGGUUGUUCGAGACUCAGGGGAGGUGGCUGGUGUGUGCCUUCGAGCACAUGACGAUUUUGGAAAUUCCCUUGGCGGAAUUUGUGAACUGGAAGAACAAGAUGCGCGAACGCAUCUCGGACUAG